AUGACCGGUUAUCAUCUCAUCAUCACGCUCCUGGACAGAUCGCACCCCAAUUCAUCACGACAAAUCUUACGCGGAUCAGCCUCCACUCGCUCUGCAGGCCGGACGCCACACCCCACGCCUACCGGUUUACCGGGCGAACUAGACUUCCGAAUCGCUGAUACACCGAGUUACUUCCCUAGUGAACCUGCUGGUAUUUGGUCCGAUCUUAGCCAAGCGCCGACCACCCGACUUGGCGAGAGGUGGGACAAGCUUGAAGAAGUUGCCCCGCUCAGUCCGACCGCCCUGUGGUAUGAACCUGACAGCAUCAUCCCCUCAGCUACCGCCGGAUCUUCGUCUUUUACACCUGGACCCACGUUAGAUUACCGCUUUGGUCCCAUCAGUCUCGAUUGGAUCGAUCAUCCCGGUAGUCACCCUGCCUUCUCAUCCUUUUCCGACCCAGCUGAUCACCAAUCACAAAAAUCAAAUUCAAAUUCAAGCUGCCAUAAGAAAGCAAACAUUCCUCUGAAAAUGGCUCAGUCUAAGAAAGCGUCUUCAAGCUCCAAAAAUUCUCAGAACACUGCACAGCCCUCUACGAGCUCAUUACCACCAGCAGACCGAAAAUCAUCACCCGUAAGCUUAACCUUGCCCACUGCGCAAUUCAUCUCCGAAUCUUCCGAAAAGGCCAAAUAUCAACUCGGCUCGACCGAUUUCGGUUACGGUUCUAUCCACCUUUAUCGCGACUUUGAAGAAGCUUCAGCUGCAAAAAAGUCUCACGAUGACGCAUCAACCGUGUCAUCUAAUCAGAAAAACCCACAGAGGGGUAGUCCUCGCAAAGAAUCCCUGGGCAGUGAUCAUCUGAGGCAAUGGGAAGAGUUAGAUGAUGAAAAUGGUAUGAUCGUUGGGGUCUUAGCAAUCCCUUCGUAUAUGACAUCGCAAGAUUUUCUCGCAUUCAUUUCAUCUGUUGUUGAGUCGAUUGAAAGUGUGCGAAUGCUCAGAGAUUCACUUCCGAACCGAUGUAUUGGGUUAAUCAAAUUCCGUACCGGCCAAGCAGCCAGGCACUUUGCGAGCGAGUUCAACGGAAAACCUUUUUCUCAUUUACAAGACCGAGAGAUUUGUCAUACUGCAUUCAUACGCUCCGUUCGGUUCAAAUCGUCAUUAAUCCCCCCAUUCACGUUUCCUGCCCUACUUCCUCCGGACCUCUUAACCCAUUCGACUCACGAAUUGCCGACUUGCCCGGUUUGCCUGGAACGUAUGGAUGUCUCAGUGACAGGCUUGAUGACAAAGACCUGCUCUCACACUUUCCACUGCCACUGCCUGUCGAAUUGGGGCGACUCGAGGUGUCCCAUUUGCCGAUAUUCCGAAUCAAAGCUCAAUAAAUCUUCUACGCCUGACCAAUCGGAGUGCGCUGCCUGCGGAAGUCAGGCGAAUCUUUGGAUCUGCUUGAUCUGUGGUCACGUUGGAUGUGGAAGGUAUCAGGGCGGACACGCCUAUCGUCAUUUUGAAGAAAGUGCUCAUCUGUAUGCUCUUGAACUUGGCUCCCAACGGGUAUGGGAUUACGUUGGUGAUAAUUAUGUUCAUCGAUUGAUACAAACGAGAAGCGAUCAGAUCGUCGAGCUACCUGCCUUAUCAUCUGCGGUCUUCGAUAGCGGGGGUGGUCCUGGGAGGAAUGAAGUUGCGUACCAAUCUAAGAUUGAGGCGAUAUCGGAAGAGUUUGGCCAUUUAGUCGCCUCCCAAUUGGAUUCUCAGCGGGCGUUUUACGAGGAGGAGAUAGAACUUCUGAGAAGUCGCCUUAAAACCACUCAGCAAGAAACAGAAGAGCAGAAGGCGAUAGUCAAGAAACUUCAAGCCCAGCUACAGACAAUGGAGGAGUCAAGCCAAUCCUUAGAGAAGAUGAGCAAGAAGGAGAAAUCGACGAUGGCCAAAAAGGCCGGCAAGACUUUACAACUCAGUCAGAAACUAGAGAACGAAUUGAAAGAAGAACAGAUCAUGUCGGCUGGAAUGCGGGCACAGAUCAAGAAACUUGAAGAAGAAAAGAAUGAAGAGAAAAAGAAAACGGAAGAGUUGAGCAAAGAGAUUGUCGACAUUAAGGAACAACUUCGAGAUAUGAUGUUUUUUAUCGAUAUGCAAUCCAAGAUUCAGAAUAAUGACAGUGGUACCUCUGAACUUCAAGGCGGUUCCAUCGUCAUUGGAAAGCCAGUCUCUUCAACACCCAAAUUGACAGGUAAAAAGAGAUAA